GGUCGCUUACAAAUAGGUCACAACAUGCCUUUCUCCUGCUCUAGUCACUCUCUCUGCCCAUGCACGAUUCUAUAACGGGUAACUGGGAUUGAGGAUGCACGAGCACAAAUGUCAGGCUUUUUUCUUUCUUUGACAGCUUGCCUAUAUUUGGAUGCGUGAAGCUGGAGGUCACAGAGAGCCUGCAGCUGGACCACUGCGCGCUGUGCGUAUAGGAAAGUGGGUCUGAUGUUCGGAAACGUGCCAGACUGUGCGGGAAAGUUGUCCAUUUGCUUGCAUGCUUUUUUUUUUUUUAAAUAGCUACUGUUAUUGGACGUUUGCAUUGCUACACCAACAUGCAGUCUGUGGUCAUACAGACCCAACGCGACCUUUCCAACCCCACGACUGUCGGUGGAAAAGUGGGUUUUUGUCGCUCUCGUAACAUCACAACCUGCGCCAGGCUUCACACUGUGCGCGUUCCCUAUUUAGACCUGAUGACAUAUGCAACACGUUCCAGAUUUGCCAUCAUGCUUCUUCCACAGACGACGAGACAUGAAAUCCUCAUCUGACACCUUCCUCCUCCUGUGUGCGCGCUGCUAACUCCUCCCUCUCUUCCUCCCUCAUGUUGGCUGGCAUGUAAGGUGACACCAGCCAAUCACGUCUCAUUCCGCUUCUACUUCGAAGGCGGAAACUCAGAUUUGGCCGUAUAUAAGCGGCCGAGCGUGGGAUUUUUCUAUCAAUGUGUGUGCCUCCCAAGGUUCGUUCUGUGACGCGCGGGAAUCUGUUUUGACAGCGUGGCGUGGCAGUGACCGAGCCGAGAGAACUCGACCCUCACAGCUGCCGGGCUGGGACUGAAACCCAUGCCGCUGCAGCCAGACAGAGCGCUGUCCGCCCUCUGUGGUGCUGAACCUCAGGACCCGACCCUGCGACAGGUGACGUAGAGCUCGUCUAAGAGACUCAAGUGAUAAAGAAGAAGAAGGAAAAGAAGAAAGCAACAGCAAAGCUGCACAAAGACUUUAUGUGUGUGGAUUUGAAGCAGGUUAAAAACAGAAGAAAGUGAAAGCAGGGAGAGGAAGUGAUGGCCGGACUCCCCCCCGCCCUCGGCGUCGCUGCAGCGGUGUGAGCACAGCAGUGCGCUGCCGCCUCGUACCGGAACCCAGCGGAGCCUCCGAAGGAGGAGAGUCAGAGAUAAGUGAGUGGCGGUUGACGGUUCGUUGCGCGUGGACUGGAGCGCGGCAAGCUCCCUGUCUGACCUAGCGCUCCUGGGGAGCACGCGGACCUCCUUGGCGCGCAGGCUGAUACUGACAGCACCUUUGGGCGCACUGGACUUCAGCGAGGUGAAUGUUGACGACACCAUUGAGAUGUUACCAAAAUCAAGAAGAGCUCUCACUAUUCAAGAGAUUGCUGCGUUAGCACGAUCCUCCCUGCAUGGUAUUUCCCAGGUGGUCAAGGACCAUGUGACGAAGCCUACAGCCAUGGCACAGGGCAGAGUAGCCCAUCUAAUAGAGUGGAAAGGCUGGUGCAAGCCUAUAGACACUACAGCGGCCCUGGAGUCAGACUUCAACUCCUAUUCUGACCUCACUGAAGGAGAGCAGGAGGCACGCUUUGCUGCUGGUGUGGCGGAGCAGUUUGCCAUUGCAGAGGCUAAGCUGAGGGCCUGGUCCUCCGUGGAUGGCGACGAGUCCAAUGAUGACUCAUAUGAUGAAGACUACCUGCCUGCGAAUGAGCCCACCACACAGAGCACAGAUGUGCCAUCUUAUCCUCCCUACUUGAAGGACCUGAUCCACAGUCAGCUUUGCCAACACCUCGGCUUCCGAAGCCCCUGUUGCGAGAGUCGAGGUGGAGGUGUAGAGGGAGGUGGCAGUGGAGAGCCCUCCCCUACGGCAGGCUCUCCUGACACCCUGUGCUCCAGCCUCUGCAGCCUGGAUGAGCAGCACCCGCUGCUGCGCGACCUGGGAGGCCACCGCGGCACCCACUCCCACAGCAACGCCGCAGAGCUUGCUGCAAAGAUCCUGUCAGCGCUGCAUGGACGGGAGGAGCUGCUCCUUGCCCGACUUCAGAGGGUGGGGCAGAGUGGGCCUGGCGGGGGAGACUGUGGCUUCCAAAGCCUGGGAGUGGUAGGGCGGGGCAUCAGGCCCUGUGGGGGUCAGGACUCGCCUUGCUACUCAAUGUCUUAUUCUGACACGUACCUGUCACCAGGUGAGGAUGACGACACCCCCUGCAAGGACUAUGACAGCACCGUGUGCCAGGUGGAGGCGGAGCGCAACAGGGUGGAAUACCCGCCCGACUACGACCCUCGCAGGAGGGUGUCCGACGUGGCCUCCUCUGGUGUCGUUUCUCUGGAUGAGGAGGACGAAGAGGAGGAGGAGGAAGAAGAGAGGGCAGGAGAGCCAAACAACCAGUGACUCCUCUCUUCUCGCCUCAGUGUUGAAUCCCUCCACACCCUCCGAAAGAUUCCCUCGCCCCCUUCAUGGCAUCUGAAAAAUGUCACCCUCUGAGCAUGUUGGGUUUUUUUCUGUCUCUCCUUGGACCGAUUAAAUCAUCCGUCUUUGCCUUACUUGCAGCAUUUCCUCAUAACUGCUUUGUCCUCAUCCCACGUCUCCCGUCAGUUUUCCUUUGAAGGCGUCCAAACAAUCCUUUUUCUUAUCAAUGUGAAAGCGGCGAGUGUGCUGGACUUGCUGAAGCAGCCCAGCGACCGACUCGUGGGUAUGACGCUCACAGUUUUCGGCUCUGUUCUGUACCUGUGAAGCAAACAGACGCCACUCCGAGGCACACAGAAUGCCUGAGAGUCCAAAACUCUGACUUACUAUUUGCAUGUUUUUUGCAAGUGCUGAAAUCAUUGGGCUGACCCGGUCUUGAGCACGAUUUGUAAUCUCAGCUGUUCUGUAUAACCCCCCUCCCUCCCUGCCCAUCUCCCCCCUCCCACCUCAGCGUCUCCCACAGGAGGGCAGGUUGACAUUGCAUCCUGGGACCUGCCCUUCCUCCCUCCCCCCAAACCCCCCUCCUUUGCAAGAGACUAAAUAGCAUCCUUUUUGGGCAUGGCUUGCUGAGUAUGCCAAACUAUUUAUCCCUGUCACUACCAAUUAUGAGCAAAUGCUGGGAAUGUCUUCAAAGUGACAGGACAUAGUAUGUAUUUUAAAAUAACAAAGUUAAAAAAAACAACUAACAAACAAACAAAUUUGUCACAGAUGAUAUGACAGAAAUGAUAUGUUUUUAUUGUACUAGUUUUCUAUCACUCAGACAGUCGUUGUUCAUAUUAUUCCAAACGUCAUUAUGAUGGGCAUCCGCCAUAAUGAUCAGCUUUGGCUUCUGGAUAUUUUGAGUGAUUCUGUGGAUUCCUGCAGGGAAAACACAAGAAUUUUGGCAGUCCUGAAGUGGCUGUGGGUGUUCAGCAGGAAGCCACGCAGUCUUAAACAGACAGAUAUGUUUUUUUGUUUUUUCCUCUGUGAAGCGAUAAGUUGCAUUGGAGAUUUUUCUAUAUUUUUGUAUGCGUUGUCUUGCUUUGAUCUCUUCGCCUAUGCGGCGUGCCAGUGUAUGUGGUUUUUGCACGAAGCUAACGUGGCUGUAGAUUUCUCCUUUUCUUUGUUAUCACUGUGUGAUAUAGUCUACUGGGAAACAAACAAACAAAAAAAACAUUCAAAUGUGAACAAAAAAAAAUUAUUUCAAAAGAAGAUACUGUGAUACAGUUUGUUAUCGCCAUUUGUCAUGAUCCUCGUGAAGAGCUUGUUUUUUUUUUUCCCUCCCUUCCUCCUUUUUUUCUUUCCAAAAACGCUCUUCGCUCUCUUCUCUCAUGCUGACUCUCGGAAAGCUUUGCCUUUUAUUCUCGACUUUCUCUUCUUUUUCUACGAUGCUUGGCAAAAGGGCAUGUUUAUGUGACACGUUGCAGAAUCUCCUGUCUCCAUUGUGACGUCAGGAGUCCUGUUGAGGUUCUCCCAGAGGGACUGUCAUUCAUACAACUCAGGAAAUCCCAUCGGACCAGAGCAUCGAUGCAUCCCGCCCCCGCUCGCAUCACACCGCUCAGCUCUCAUCCUCCGUGUGUGUGUGUGUGUGUGUGUGUGUGUGUGUGUGUGUGCGAAAAAGCCCGGUGCGCAUACUAAUUUUCUACAAAUAAUUAAAGCACAGAAUCAGUCCCCACAUCCCUUAAUUUAUUUUGUUCGACUGUUUAGAAAAACCUCACUGUGCUACUCUGUAAGUUUUUGCACAGGUGUGUGGGUGUGUUAUUGUGUGUAUGUGUGUCUGUAUUGUAAGAUGUCAGCAAGCACUUUAAGCUUGCACCGUAUAUUCAUUCCAAAAUCCCUUCAAUGCAGCAAUUCCCUUUAAAACAGUGUCUGGUGUAGCUGGGAGCUGGACAGAGGUUUGACUUCUACCAGUGUGGGAGAUUAAAAAAAACAAAAGGUGCAUAAAAUGAAAAAAAAAAUUAAGCAAAAAGUGGCGAUAAAGCUAAAUCGUCUGAAUUCUGAUCAAAACUAUGUGAAUAUGAGGAGGAGCAUUUGAAAAGAUUGUGACAACUCAGGGGGAACCAUUGAAGCUGUGCCUUUCAUUUGACCUCCCAUGUUUCAUCAUCAUCGCCAUAAUCAAAUCUACGAUGUCACUCAGGCCGUAGCUUGGCCUCCUUCCCCCCCUUUGCUAAAAAAACAAAAAAAACAAUAUGAGUGAGAGCAGAGUAAAAAUCCUGAGUUGGAGUCGGACAGCGAGAGCAAAGAUCCUGUUGCGUCUCCUCUGUGUCCGCCUGCUGUAGCUGGAGGUUACAGCCGGCCCAUUUGCGUCAUUGUCCUUUUGGUUGACAUUAAAAGCUGGGCGAUGCUGGCAAAGCGAGGUUGUGCUUUUGUCUGGGUGUCGUGACGCGAGUGUGCCAUUGUCCACCCCCCACCCUGAAACCCCCUCCUUUUUUCCUCUAUUUAUCUUCUCACUUUGUCCACCACUGUGUUUGUGUGUCUCUGAGCGUCCUCACCUUCCAUCUGUGUGUGACUGUGUGUGUGUGAGACUGAAGGUGAUGCAUUUUUCAUUCACCCAGCUGUCUUAUUCUGUCUCACACAGAUCCACAAAAUGUGUUUUAUUAUUAGAGACUUCAGCCAUUAACCUUUUCCUGUGUAGAAGUGGCAUUUUUCUGGAUUUCUUCAUCUUUUCUGUCCUCCUGGGAGUGUUUUGUCCAUAUAAAAAGUAAAAAAUAGCAGAUUUCCCACUGACACGCACGCAGACAGCCUGAUGAAUGUGUCCCGUUUCCAUCCUGUUGUAGCCGUCCUGUCAUUUCCUGUCUCCUCUUCUCCCACCUUUCUUUUGUCCCUUCCCCCCCCCCCCCCCCUCCCCAUUCUCUCUCUCGCCCUCCAUCUAUCUCCACAGGGGUCUCAUUACGUAACUAAGAGGACAUCUGAGUGCCACCUUUGCCGACAGGCAAUUAGCUAGCGAUUAUAAAACCGCCUGGUGAUCGGGAGAUGCGUGUCUCUCCUGUCUAUCGUUUUCCCCUUCACUCUGUCGUUACCCUCCCCCCACUGCCUCUCCUCACCACCACCACCACCUGUUUUCUAAGUGACAUCUUUCGAGGUUGGCUGUCCCAGAAAACUCCUCACAGUUUUUUUACUUCCACGGUCUCUGUUUUGAAGUGAACAAUAUUUUGUGGGCCACUAACAAAAGACCACCCUGCUGUCUCUGAGUCUGACAGAUGUCUUUGCAAUGAAACAUAUUCCUUAGUGUGUGUGUGUGUGUGUGUGUGUGUGUGUGUGUGUGUCUGGGCAGUGUGUUUUCGUUUGUUGCUUCAGGCAAGCACUGACAUUGGAUACUUAUUAGAGAGAGGUGUUCCAGAUUCUGUGUGUACGUGUGUGAUAGUGACGGAAGAACCCAGCGCUAUAAAAAGACAUCAAAACAUCUGUUGGACAGUGUCAACGCAGGGGAGGGGGGUGGGGGGGUGUAUGAAUAUUCAGUUGGCGUUGGUGCCCCUGUCCCCUUAUAACCUACUUACCAUUUUAGAGCAAAGCUGAAGGGCCUGGGGACGGAUCUCUUUCUCUCCGCGCCACAGCCCCACCCGCCUGUGGAUAUCAGGACGAGAGCUGCAAACACAAGACAGACAGAGAGCGUGAAAAGUGCUGCAGGAACACAGAGAGUGGAAUCUUCCCAGGCAGAGAUGGUCUAUGUUUAACCUACAUUAGCCACUGCUGUUUUAAUUAAAAUGUUCCACAAAUCCUCGGGGGUGGGUGUUUGGGUGCACAUGGCGACGCGUGCACUCUGAAAUGAGAGGAGGCUUGUGUGAGUUCAGAGAGCAAAGCCAUACAACUGAGAGAGAGGCAUCGCAGCACUAUGGGCUAACAGGGUACGAGGAAAUGACUGUAAAUGAAUGUAUUGUCCCAUCCACAUCCUACCUGGGAUGCAUGUACCACCACCCACAUCCACCCACAUCUAACACUCAAACUCAACCUCUCCUCCUUCUGAAUUGAAAUCAUCUCUCUCUCUUUCUUUUUUCCUCCCUCUUCUUUUUAAUACUUUCUUCCUGUUUUGGCUGAAUGUAAUUAUUUGAAUAUUACCAUAUUGGAUUUGAAAAAAAACAACAACUUUGUCUGCUGCAUCUGAUAUUAUUUCAACUUAAUAAAAAUAUUGUUAUUGCUA